AAAGAUGGAGAGAGAAAAAAAAAAAAAAAACAAUAACAAUUCAAUCAUUUGCGACCACAUCAGAGUCCGUAAAUUUCUGUUAAAAAUUUUCUGAAGUCGUGAAUUUUCCUAAGUAAAUAUCAACGACUUUGACUUUGGUUAUAGCUGGGAAUGUGCAGGCUGCAGAAGCAGACCACCUUCAGAAAAACUAAGAGGAGGCUUAAUAUUCGCGGAAGGAAGUUGAAGAUGAAAAUGAAGAUCCACGGGUUCAUCUUAUUUCUACUCUUCUGUGAAUUUCGAAGUCAACCAUACCCUGACAAGCUUAAAAGUUCACAGCAGAUAUUUGAUGCAUCAAAGGACAGUAACCAAGAAACAAACACCAUCAAGAUUGGUAUCAUUCUCGACACAAGAUCAUGGGUGGGGGAGGUUGUCCAGAGCUGCCUUACUAUGGCAAUUUCAGAAUUUUACAUGCUCAAUGAACAGUACAAAACAAGAAUUGCUCUUGAACCAAGAGAUUCAAGAGGAGAACCUUUUCGUUCUAUAGCUUCUGCUUUUGAUCUUUUGGAGAAUGCUCAAGUGCAUGCUAUCAUGGUCCCAGAGAUGUCAAGUGAAGAGUCAUUCUUGGUGACGCUAUGUGACAAAGCUAAUGUUCCGUUACUUUCAUUUUCUUCAGUAUCAUCAUCGAAUAAACAUCCUUAUUUUUUGCAAGUUGCACAAGAUGAGACCUCUCAAUUCAAAGGCGUGGCUGCCUUUUUGAGAGCAUUCAAAUGGAGGAAUGUCGUACUUAUCUACGAGGACACUGAAGAUACCAGACAAAUUCUAUCUCAUCUACACGACACCUUUCGUGAUAGUGAUUUGGAUGCCGUAAAUGACAUUGCCAUUACUCUCAAGGCUACAGAUGAAGAAAUAAUAAAAAAGCUUCACAAUCUCAGGACUAUGAGAACAUCAAUAAUUAUUGUACAUACAUCAGUUUCUCUUUCAUCUCAAAUUUUUAAAAAUGCAAAAAUGUUGGAAAUGAUGAGUGAGGACUAUGCUUGGAUUAUGACUAGCAAAACCAUGAAUUUAUUGGAUUUACAAGAUUCUCCAGUUUUUGAGUCAAUGGGCGGAGCAGUUGGUUUCAGACCUUAUAUUCCAGCAUCAAGCAAGCUCCGGAAUUUCACUUUGAGAUGGAGAAGGGAAUUUCAGCGCAGCGAGAUUGAUAUGGAAAGUAGGGGAUUAAAUGUGUUUGGCAUAUGGGCAUAUGAUGCGGUGUGGGCAUUAGCAGAGGCAAUUGAAAGGGCAGGGACACAGUGUUUUCCUAAACGGGGAGGCGGAGGCUUUAAAUUGAACCUAAGAAACUUAGAUCACACACGAGUUUCUAACAGUGGUUCAACCCUCCUGAAUGAGAUUUCAAGAAGUAAUUUUACAGGUUUAGGAGGUGAAUUUCAGCUUAUAAAUGCAAGACUAGUUCAUGAGACUUAUGAAAUCGUGAAUGUGAUAGGGAAGGGGGGAAGAAGAGUAGGUUUCUGGACACCAACUUGUGGAUUCACCAAGGAAAUAUAUCAAUUCACAGAUAAUUGUUCCUCUGAUGGUCUGGAAACCAUUAUUUGGCCUGGAUUCUCUACAACUGCUCCAAAAGGUUGGUUACUUCAAAUGAGUGGCAGGCGGUUAAGAAUUGGAGUUCCAGCGAACACAAGGUUCCCCAAGUUGAUAGGAUUGAGUUAUGAUCAACAAACGAAUAAAGCAACUACCGAUGGUUUCUGCAUGGACGUCUUCAACGCGGCCAUCGAGAGGUUGCUGUAUAAAAUAGAUUAUGAAUUUAUCCCCUUGUACGGAGAUAAUGGAAGUUACAGUGAUCACGUAUAUAACGUCUAUCUGCAGAUUUUUGAUGCUGCCGUAGGGGACAUAACUAUCACUUCGAACAGGUCUCAAUAUGUUGACUUCACAUUGCCCUUCACGGAGUUUGGUGUUGGAAUGGUUGCACGACUGGACGAUAAAGACCCAUGGUUCUUCUUAAAGCCACUUAGUGUGGAUCUAUGGAUUAUGAGUGCCGGUUUCUUCAUUCUGACGGGAUUUAUUGUUUGGCUUAUUGAACAUCGUAUUAAUGUAGAGUUUCAAGGUUCACUAGGAUGGCAAAUUGGGACAAUACUUUGGUUCGCCGCUUCAACUCUUGUUUAUGCUCAUAGAGAAAAAUUACAAAGUAAUCUAUCAAGAUUUGUUGUGGGUAUUUGGUUGUUCGUAGUCCUGAUAUUGACAUCAAGUUAUACGGCAAAUUUGAGUUCACUUUUGACAGUUCAACAGAUAAGAUUGACAAAAAAUGAUUACAUAGGGUACCCAAAAAAUUCUUUUAGUGAGGGACUUCAUGUCAACAACCUGAAUUUUCAGGAUAACAGACUUAAGCCUUACAGUUCACUGGAGGAUUAUUAUGAUGCUUUAAGAAAAGGAAGUAAAAAUGGAGGAGUUGGUGCAAUAAUUGAUGAAAUUCCUUACAUUAAACUAUUCCUCGCUAAGUACCCACAUGAAUUCGCCAUGAUUAACUCCUCAGAGACAACUAAUGGCUUCGCUUUUGCUUUCAAAAAGGGUUCACCUUUGGUCCAUGAUAUGUCAAGAGCAAUUGCUGGACUCAGAGAAGAAGGUAAAAUUUUGGAGAUGGAGAAGAAAUGGUUUAGAAGCCAAUUAUCACCGUCAUCUGGCACUGAACCACCUAGGCCAAAUACUCUGGGCAUUAAUAGCUUUUCUGGCCUAUUUCUUGUUAGUGGGAUCUCUUUAUCUGUGGCCUUACUUCUAUUUUUAAUCUUGGUACUUCAUAAAAAGUUGUCUUCUAUAUAUAGUAUUAUCAGCAUGUUGGCGGGAGGAAAAUUGAUAUCCAUUUUUAGAUAUUUCUUUUGCAGAAAUAGACUGGCCAAUAGGAUUGGUUGAAUAAAUGCCACAUAACAUAUGCAUGUUUAAUUUCUUGUAGCAUAACCACAGUAUGCACGCAGUUAAAGAUCAUGAUUGAGAUGAUUUGCCUUCAAACUUCUUGUUUUAGUCA